AUGGGCAACGACAUCGAAGCAGCGCCGCACACGACGCGGAUCAGCGAAGAUGCCAACUCGCUCAAAUCAUCGGCCCAAGUGGGUAGAGAGGAGCUUGCGGACAUCAUCCCCCCACACGACAGUUACGAAGGCCGGCAUCGCUUCGACCCUCAUGCGAGCUGGAGCAUUGAGGAAGAGCGUCGUGUUCUCGAUCGUGGAAACCUAUCCAAUGCGCUCGCAGAUAAUCUCCUGAACGAUCUUGGUCUGACCUCCGACGAUUACAACAACGGCACGACUAUACAACUGGUUUGCUUCCUUGCUGCCGAGUUUCCGGUUCAGUUUCUUACUAAGCGAUAUGGUUUCAAGUACAUCCUUCCAACUAUGAUGCUUGCGUGGGGAACUGCAUCUUGGGGCCAGGCAUGGAUGCACGACCGCACUUCAUUCUAUCUGGGCCGCGCAGCUAUCGGACUUUGCGAAGGUGGCUUCAUCCCUGGUGUCAUCCUGUUCGCGACCUACUUCUACAAGUCCAAGGAGCUUUCCAUGCGUCUUGCAGCCUUCUGGUCCACACUGAACGUUGCCCGUGUCAUUUCCGCCUUGCUUGCAGCUGGAAUUUUGGAGAUGCGAGGCGUCAGUGGGAAGCCCGGCUGGUUUUGGCUGUUUCUCCUAGAGGGGCUUUUGACGGUCGUCAUCGCCGUUCUCUCGUUUAUGUAUCUACCCGCAGCGCCGACAUCUACCAAGAAUGUGCUUUGGCCUAAGGGCUGGUAUACCGAGCGGGAAGAGGUCAUCAUGGUCAACCGCAUCCUCCGAGACGACCCAGCAAAAGGCCUUACAGCUCUCAAAGAGCCUGCCACAUUCAAGGACAUCCGCGCCGCCUGGUCUGAUUCCUCUAUGUGGGGUCUAUACUUCAUCGGCCUCGUUGCUUACAUCCCUGCCUCGCCGGUUCAGGGCUACCUUACCCUCACACUAAAACGCCUUGGUUUUAGUACCUUCAACAGCAACAUGUUGACCAUUCCGUCCGCUGCGCUCCAGGUCGUUACCAUGUUAGCGCUAGCAUAUUCGAGCGACUAUUUCAACGAACGCACGUUCCAUUGCAUCUUCGGCGAGUUCUGGAUUAUGCCACUCCUUAUCGCGCUUCUGACGCUUCCGGACGGAGGCCGCGAAUGGGGCCGCUUCUCCCUAAUCACGCUGAUCUCCGGAUACCCCUAUUUUCAUCCCUUGGUGUCAUCUUGGAUCUCCGAAAAUACAUUCGACGUCAAGAAGCGUGCGAUUACGGCCGCAACGUACAACGUUAUUGUGCAGGUUGGAUCUUUGAUCAGUUCACAGAUCUACCGCAAAUACGAUGGACCAUACUACAAACAGGGAAACUCAGUCCUAGUGGCUAUCUGCGCGCUGAGUGUUAUUGCUUUCCUCGUUCAACGAUGGACUCUGAUGCGCCUGAACAAGAAGAAGCAAGAGAAGUGGGAGCAGAUGACUUCAGAGGAGAAGGCCGUCUACCAAGCAGACGUUGUCGAGCGUGAGAAGGAGGGCAAUAAGCGGUUGGACUUCAGGUUCACGCUCUAG